UGGAAAAAUUAGGCCAGAUGUGCCGGCGUGCCGCCGCGUCCCUCUAGCUCCUGCCGCCCUCGCCUCCGGUCCGGCGCCCUCUCUUACUUACCGCCGCUCCCCUGCCCUCGUCCUCCCCGCCCGGCUCCCCAGCCGCCGCACAGAUCUGGCGCGAGCUCCCGCUGCCCACCCCGUUUCCCCGGCCGGCGAGCAGCUCUUUCGUCCGCCUCCCUUUCCACGCCGGCGGGCCAGAGCUCGCCGGCUAGGUCGGCGCCACGAUCUCAGUCGCCUCCCCUCUCUCUACCCGUCUCCCGCCAGCCGCGGGCUGCGCAGACCCCAGCCCGGUAGCUACGCUGGCGGCCGCCAGUUCCCCCUUCUCCAAGCCUGUGGCCGAAACAUCCAACCAGGGCAUUUACACCUGACCGUGAGUGAGCCCCCAUGGCGGGGCUAGAGGAGUUGAAGAAGAAGUUGCAACCCUUGCUGUUCGACGACCCUGACAAAGACGGCAUUAGUACCAGGGUUCCAUUCCUGGAGGAUAAUUGUGAUUCCUAUGUGGUCUCAGAUGGUGGAACGAUAAAUUUACUGAGUAGAUCAUUCGGUGAGUACAACAUCAACGAACAUGGCUUUCAUAAACGAAGUACUGGGGCAGAUGAGUCGGAUUUUGGUGAGAAGGCAUACAGAUGUGCCUCUCAUGAUAUGCAUAUAUUCGGUCCCAUUGGUAAUGGUGCAAGCAGUGUCGUGCAGAGAGCUAUUUUCAUACCAGUUCAUCGAAUUUUGGCAUUGAAGAAGAUAAACAUAUUUGAGAAGGAGAAGCGGCAACAAAUUCUGAAUGAGAUGAGAACAUUAUGUGAAGCAUCUUGCUACCCUGGUUUAGUUGAAUUCCAGGGUGCAUUUUACAUGCCUGAUUCUGGCCAAAUAAGCAUUGCCCUUGAAUACAUGGAUGGUGGCUCCUUAGCAGAUGUUAUAAAGGUCAAGAAAUCUAUACCAGAGCAAGUUCUCGCACAUAUGCUACAGAAAGUAUUACUUGGUUUGCGCUACUUGCAUGAAGUAAGACAUCUAGUGCAUAGAGAUAUAAAGCCAGCAAAUAUGCUGGUUAAUCUCAAGGGUGAGGCUAAGAUUACAGACUUUGGUGUAAGUGCUGGUCUGGACAAUACUAUGGCUAUGUGUGCUACCUUUGUAGGCACUGUCACGUAUAUGUCACCAGAGAGAAUUCGGAAUGAGAACUACUCUUAUGCUGCUGAUAUUUGGAGUCUUGGACUAACAAUAUUGGAGUGUGCUACUGGUAAAUUUCCAUAUAACGUAAAUGAAGGCCCGGCCAAUCUCAUGCUGCAGAUACUUGAUGACCCAUCACCAACACCACCAGCAGAUGCUUAUUCACCAGAGUUCUGUUCGUUUGUCAAUGAUUGCUUGCAGAAAGAUCCUGAUGCAAGGCCUACAUGUGAGCAGCUUUUCGGACACCCAUUCAUUAAAAGGUAUGAAAAUGCUGGUGUGGACUUGAUAGCAUACGUCAAAGGUGUUGUUGAUCCAACUGAAAGGUUAAAGGAAAUAGCCGAGAUGCUUGCUGUUCAUUACUACCUCUUGUUUAAUGGCUCUGAUGGGCUUUGGCAUCAUAUGAAGACAUUCUACAUGGAAGAGUCAACUUUCAGUUUCUCAGGGAAUGUAUAUGUCGGCAGAAAUGACAUAUUUGAUACUUUAUCAAGUAUAAGAAAGAAGUUAAAAGGUGAUCGGCCUCGGGAGAAAAUUGUCCAUGUCGUGGAAAAGCUACAUUGCCGUGCAAAUGGGGAAACGGGAAUUGCUAUUCGUGUGUCUGGAUCAUUAAUUGUGGGCAACCAAUUUCUGGUAUGUGGUGAAGGGCUGCAAGCUGAAGGGAUGCCCAGCGUGGAGGAACUCUCGAUUGACAUUCCAAGCAAGCGGGUAGGUCAGUUCCGAGAGCAGUUUAUGAUGCUGCCAGGGAUAUCCAUGGGAUCCUUUCACAUCUCAAGGCAAGAUCUCUACAUCAUCCAAGCCUGAAAACGUUGCCAUUGCUUUUAUUGCAGUUCGCUCAUAUUUAUGUUGUCAUGGUGGGAACCUUAUUGGGCAAAAAGGGACCAUACAUGGCAUAUUCUUCACAGGCUUCAGAUAAUUUAUUCAGUCCCGUGACUUAUUUUAUAUUUUGUUGCAAGCAUAUUUGUAAUGUAAAAUUUUCUUACUAUUGUCUGUACGAAAACAAAACAUAUUUUAUUUGUGACAUUUUGAUAUUUUUAUUUUUAAGAAUCACAAUUCAAAAAUGGAGCCUAGAAAA